AUGAAGGGAAAAGUCACCAUAAUCAAUGCGUUGAAAAAGUCAGCAACGUCUCGCUUCAUCAAGAAAUUGACGCCGGACACUUCUUUGUCGUCCAUAGCUGAGGCAAUGGACGUCGUUCAGCAGCGCAGUGCAACAGAUCCAGUGAGACUGAAGCUUUUCCAUACACCUCGGAUGGUCUCGCAGGGGGCACAUUUUGCGUUUUGUUUGCCAACGAAAAAACCACACUACAGACCGUUACUGCUUUCGCAGAAGGCACUUGACGAGUUCAGUUUGGCCCAGGAUCGUGACUUGGAGAGAAUCCUGGCUGGCGAAGAAAUAUAUUACUCUGAUGAUAUCUUCCCCUACAGUACAGCGUACUCGGGAUUCCAGUUCGGUUCAUUUGCUGCACAAUUGGGGGACGGACGGGUGGUGAACUUGUUUGAUCUCAAGGACAGCCGUGAUGGGCAGUUGCAGACGUUCCAGUUGAAAGGAGCAGGCAUGACGCCAUUUUCGCGGUUUGCAGACGGCAAGGCCGUUUUAAGAUCGAGUAUACGUGAGUUCAUCAUGAGCGAGGCACUGCACAGCAUCGGAAUCCCCUCCACGAGAGCCAUGCAAUUGACAUUGUUACCAGGGACGAAGGCGCAAAGACGCACGCAAGAACCGUGUGCUGUGGUAUGUCGGUUUGCACCUAGUUGGAUUCGGUUGGGUAACUUCAACUUGUUCCGGUGGAGACACGACUUGGAGGGGUUGAUCCAGUUGUCUGAUUACUGCAUUGACGAGGUCUUUGAUGGCGGAGGCAAAUUCGAAGGGAAGUUCGACGUUAAUGUAUUCAAGAGCGACUAUUUCCCCGAUAAUGAAAGAAAGAUCGACGAGCAGGUGGAAAGAGAUGAAAAUGGGCGCGCCUCCCUGGAUGAGAGAGACAUUUCCGCCUUGAGCAAGUAUGACAAGUUCUUCAGGCAUGUAGUUUGUCUGAAUGCGAACACCGUAGCCCAUUGGCAAGCAUAUGGCUUUGCCAAUGGCGUCUUGAAUACGGAUAACACUUCGAUCAUGGGGCUGACCAUCGACUAUGGCCCGUUUGCCUUUCUAGACAAGUUUGAUCCGAGCUUCACCCCGAAUCAUGAUGACACAGCGAAAAGAUACUCGUUCGCCAACCAACCAAGUAUCAUAUGGUGGAACUUGCAACAAUUCGCCAAAGACCUGGCUUGCCUGCUAGGGCCCGGUUCCCGCGAUCUUGAGAAGUUGCUCAAGGGCGAGUUGGACUCCGUUGGCGACGCCCUGGAGAAGACCAUGAUCGAAAGGGUGCAGAGGUUGGUGCAGUUAAGCGCUAACGAAUACAAGUAUGUGUUCACCACAAGGUACGCGCAGCUGAUGGCGCAGAGACUCGGCGUGGAUCUGGAUUUGGAGCCAUGCAUGAGUUCCGCUAGCGGCAAGGAUAUCGAGCGUGCGGCAAAGAAAUCCAGGGAGUUCUGUACUGCUAUCGUGGAGCCAUUGCUGGAUAUUCUGAAGGCUACUAAGGUUGACUACAACAAUUUUUUUGUUCAUUUGCAAGAUUACACGGGGCCCUUCUUCAUCAAGGCCGAAGACGAGCCUGCGACGGUCUUCGAAGCGUUUGACCCCGAGUACUUGAAGAUGUUCUUCAACGCUGAACAACUUCAGCAGCUGGCGGAGCAUGGGAAGGCCAUAGCAGCCGGCAAGAAAGUGUUCGACACUGACGGUCAAAUCCGUCUACUGGACGAAAAACUAGAAAAAAUCCACGACUGGACAAAAGAAUACUUGUUGCUAGCCCCGCCCGCCGAGGCCGCGGCAAGAGCGUCCAUCGCCAAGAAAGCCAAUCCGCUGUUUGUCCCCAGAAGCUGGGUCUUGGAGGAGGUGGUCGACGACCUAAUGUACGGCCAAAGAGACAGCCUACAAGAUCCCGACUCGGAGCUAGACACAACCGCCCUGAGGAAACUAUACUUGAUGAGCGUGAAUCCAUACGAUCGUGCCGAAUGGGACGCCACCUUGAGACCAGAAUUGGAGAGGAAAUGGGCCGAUCUUUCGCACCAAGAGGGCACAAAGUUCAUGAAGCAAGCCUCCUGCAGUAGCUAA